GUGGACCAGUUUCCUGUCACAUGUCCUCUACAGUACGAUCACAUGAUUUGAGUCGAAGAAAAUGAAAGCUGGGCGCAGCCAGCUGAAACCUGUACUUCUUUUUGUGAUCUUUAAUCUGUGUUUUUAUGCAAGUUAUCAACUGACUGAUCUGAAGGUAUGUGAGCUCUGCAGCGGUACAAUCCUAAAUGGCACCACAGUGGGCCAGUUUUGCUCCUCAUCAGCUGGUCGGAUAGACGGGCGCUGCUGCUUGAGGAAUAGCAACACAAGCGACUAUGAACACAUCAUUGGGUUGGAUCUGUCCAAUUGUUCACUAACUCACGUGGAGGAGCUUCAGGGAGCAUCAACGGCAUUAAUGAUAGACCUCUCACUCAACCCCAUUGCCAACAUCAGUGGUACAGCCUUUCAAGGAUUUAUUGAGUUAAAUUACAUGAUUUUGCCACGAGACAUAGUUUGUCCAGGAGGCAACACCUCUUGGGAGAAGGUGGAGGUCAAAGAAGGAAAUCGUCUCUGUGAGGGCCAGAAAGAUACAUGCAAUCAGACCGGACAGCUGUCCAUUAACUGCCCGGAGAACUCCCUUUGCGCCCCCUAUGGCCCCGGCUUCUUUGAGUGCAGCUGUGCUGAAAACUAUCAUGGAUACAAAUGUCUUCGGGAGGGGGAGUUCCCAGCUCUUCAGGUGUUUGGGCCUCUUGGUGCUUCUAUGGUUGUGAUCUCUCUCCUGCUGUGGGUCACCCAGAGACGUAAAGCCAAGUCACUCUGAGGCUGAACUGCGGUCAACGUCUUUAUCUGAAAUGAUGUACGGAGCUGAAACUGACUGUUCUUAAAAGGGAAAAAUGCUGACACAAAGUCUGAUGUUAACCCAGGCUUCUUUUAAACAGUAAGUUUUAUUUUAUUUUACACCGUUGAGGGGCAGCUAUAUUUUAUCCAGUGAGGUUCUUUUUACCACAUCAUCAGUGCAGUUUUAGAGAGAAAAUUUUAUUUGAACACAAGUUGCUCCAAGUUUUAAAUGUUUUAAACAUUUCUGGCAAUGAUACCACUAUUAACACUUUAAUUCUAUUUUUAAAUAUAGUAGACUGACACGAGAUAUUAAUGAAGAGGUUGUGUUUAAGCAAAUUCUGAGGAUUUGCUCGUUGACUGUGCCAAACAUACUGCAUGCAUGGGUAGAAGUUUACACAAUGGAUCUACAUGUCCUUAAGCAUAUUUGUAAAGUUUGGAAAAUUGUUUACAGAAUGUUGAACAUGUACUUUAUGCAGAGCAAAAACCAAGUCAGUUUCAUUAACUCAUGUCAGAGGUUGCGCACCUCUGGAGCAACUAGGGGUUAAGUGUCUUGCUCAGGGACACAUUGGUAGAUGUGUCACAGUGGGAAUUCUACUUGGGACUCCCACACCAUGGUGGGUGUCUUAUCCACCCACAUUCACUAUGUGAAUUAUAAUGUGAACCAUCAGAAUCCCAAGUUUAACUGAGUUUUGUGCUUUAAUAAACAUUUAUGUAUUAGAGGUUACAUUAAAAAAGUGAGACACUGAGUUUAACUACAGUAUGUUACUUAGUUGACACCUGCUGUUACCACAGCUUGCAUGUUUCCACACACAUCUGCUAAAAAUGUUUGUCCUCAUCAUUGUGUCCUUUAUUCAUCAGUGACAUGUGGUAACUUGGAAAAUGUCCCCACGUUGAUGGGCGAGAAGUUUUGAUGCACCUUCCCAUUGACAUUCAGAGUUCUAAUAAAAUGUAAAAUAAAACAUACCUUGCAUUAUGCACAUACAA